GCAGAUCCGGAGAUUACUCAUCCAGAUGGAAACUGAAGCUGGAAAGCAUCUCCGGUGCGGAAGUAGCUCACGUUGCUCUCCGUCACCCUCAACUCCAUUUAGUCAUGCAUCUUACGGCGGGCACGGCCGUGAUACGGUGGCCCGCGCUCCCCGGCGGAGACUCUCUUCCGGUCCGCGGUCACGUGGGGAGAGUGCUCUGCGCUCUGCCUUCUGCAUUCUAGCCGCUGCACCGUUAGCCAAGAUUUGUUGUGGUCUCUUUAGAGGGAACCCAAGAUCUUCGUACUUAAAUCACGCGGCGCUCAAUUGGCAUUCGAGUUAUGCAACAUUCUCGGAAGCGAGCGCACCCAGCGACCUUUUAAGCGCGUCUGCCCUGCUUCAAGACACCACUGCCACUCCAGAGCUGACCGCGGUCGCAACCAAGGUUCCACGAAAAGCAGGCACACUAAGGAUACCAGCCCUUAAGAGUCAACUCCAUCAGAUGAGCCCAGGAUUACGGGGACAAACUAGUUCCAGUCAAGUAUCAAGUCAUCUGAAGUAGAGUGCCACCAUGACGCACUGCCUUUGGUCGACACUGCUGGGCCUGCUGUCCGUGCUCUCCACGGCCACCAGUCGCUCGGUGCGGCAACUACCAAGCGCAUAUCCACCGGUGCUGCCCACCGGAUACUAUGGACAGCCGCCCUAUGCUUACCCACCCUACGGCUAUGGCUACCAGGCGCCACCACCCGUUUACCAGCCUUAUUACGACAACGUUUUUGGCGUCUUCAAGAGCUAUCCCGGCGGUGGAUUCCCUGUGCGCUUCGAUUACAAUAAUCGCUGCUCGCGCAACUACAUUGGCAUCAAGCCGCAUCCCGACCAACAGCAGUAUUACUACGUCUGUAAGCCCGACUGUGUAAUCUUCAGCAAAUGUCGCGGCCUUGAGAGCUUCAACGCCAGCAGCGGGCGCUGCGUGCAACACGUUCCACAGCACAGACCGGACCACAGGCCGCCGCAGUGCCAGAAGGAGGGCCGCUUCCCACAUCCCCACGACUGCAAGGUGUACUAUAGGUGCGACAAGAACCGGACGCAGCCUUGGCUUUUCGCCUGCCCGGCGGGCACCAUUUUCUCCCCGGUGGAGCGCAAGUGCUUGCCAGGCGACCAGUGCCCCUCGACGGAGAUAUCGGACAGUGGCAGCUAUAUCCCUCAGAACUGCGAGCUCAAGUUUCCCGAGUGCGCCGAGGAGGGCACGUUCCGCUCCCCGACGGACUGCGCCCUCUACUACACGUGUCGAUUGCAGGAAAGUGGCACCUAUCUGCAGACGCGAUUUAAAUGCCCCGGCAGCAAUAGCUUUGAUCUCGAGCGGAAGCUGUGUCGUCCCCGCAGUGAAGUCGACUGCUUUGACUUUGUUCCGGGACCCGUGCAGGUACCCUACGUUCCACAGCCCUACUAUCCACCCUAUCCAGCUGCACCGUCACUCUAUGAGGAGGACGACUACGAUACGGGAGCCAGGGACCAGCAGCCUGCCCUUAAGUCGGAAAAGCUUCAGGUGGCGGCGCAGGGCUUUGAAAAACCUUCAUUGAAUGUAGUGGUUUUGCAAACAAGCACCUCAACUACUUCGGAACCUUCCAAUGCCUAUCAUAAAUACCCCGCCUAUCCAUCGUAUCCCUCAUAUGAGUAUUCAUCGCACCAUCGCGGUAAGGAAACGGCUGCAGAAAACCUAGAGCUUAAGGAAGAGGGCGUUCCGCGCAAGCUUAAGCUCUCGGAGAACAUUGUCAUCCAGCCCGAAACGCCAGCGACUACAACUACCACUCGUGAACCUUUAAAUGAUACCAACAAAUAUCAAUACAAAAAAUACACCUAUGGUACAGCCAAAAACGAUGUCACGGAGGCUCCGGAAAUCAAAUCACCUUUAAAGGGCUUGCACCUUUCGCAAAAUAUUGUCAUUCUCCCUACAACUUCUACACCUGCGACUACCACAACUACGACUAAACCAGUGGUGCUUACAUGCCCUACCAUUCCAACACCAAAAAAAACUCCCAAACCAAGCACAACUACGGCAACGCCAAAAAUUUCAAGUACCGAACAGCAUAGCACAACGACCGCUAAAACCACUACUACUAAAAGACCAACAACUGUUAAUGAAAAAACCUCACCGGCUACCGAAAAGCCAAGGACUACUGUAGUGACAACAACGACUCAAAAACGCAGUACGACUACUCACAACACCUCACCAGAUACGAAAACAACAAUAAGAUCUACAACGCUUUCUCCGAAAACGACGACAACACCUUCCACAACAACUACGGUAAAAGUUACAACCCACAGACCGAAUACGACUGCUCGGAAAACGUCAACAGCUUCUACUACUACCAAAAAAACAACAACUUCGACAACACCUUCCACAACAACUAGGGUAAAAGUUACAACCCACAGACCGAAUACGACUGCUCGGAAAACGUCAACAGCUUCUACUACUACCAAAAAAACAACAACUUCUCCCAAAACUACAAAGAGUACGGAGAUCCCAACUUCUACCACUUCUAAACUUUCCACAACAACCCAGAAAACAACAACGACUACUCACAAAUCUACUGCAGCAUCAACUUCUACUGAGAAUCCAAAAACGACUACUGAGAAAACAUCAACAGUUUCUACUACCACUAAGAAAUCCACAGAAAGUUCGCCUAAGCCUACAAGCAGUACGGUAAAACCAAUUACCACUCCCAAACCUUCAACAAGAACGACACCAACGACAACUACAGUCACAGCCACUACUCAAAUAACAACAACGACCUCCUUGAGAUCCUCCACGGAAAGUACGUCCACUCAAACCCCAAAAACAACUUUACCUCAACCAACAAAAACGACGACUCGUACGGUUACUCCGAAAAUCUCAACAACAACAACGACCACAGAAAAGCCAAUAACUAGUAGUCCUAAACCUACAACAACGACUCAGAACACGACAUCGACGGCUCCAAACACCACUAUAGUAACAAUCACUACACAAAAAGAGACAACACCUAUACAGAACACCUCAACAACCAGAUUUACUAGGAAAACAACAAGUAAUAAUCCAGAACCGACUAGUACCGAAAAAUCUACGACGACUCCAAAACUUAGUACAACUACUCCGAAAACAUCAACAGUUGCAACAAGCUCCGAAAAGACAACGAUUAGUUCUCCCAAGCCUACUACCGAAAAAAGUACCGAAAAUCCUACCACGAACUCUGUGAAAACAUCUGCGUUAACCAGCUCCACUCACAAAGCAACAAGUACUACAUCCGAACCGACUAAAACGACCCAAGAAAUAACAACGACGACUCCAAAGCCAACUACGUUGAAAACUUCUACUCAGGAACCAACAACUUCUACUCAAAAAGUAUCCACGGUUACUAUUACCACUGAAAAAGCCACGGAAAGUUCCCCGUUGACUACACUAAGCACGGAAGAACCAACAACAACUCCCAAACCAUUGAUAACAACGACCCCAACGACAACUUCAGUGACAGCCACUACUCGACUUACAACAACCACCAUUUCGAAAUCCACUACGGAAUCUACGUCGACUCAAAAGUCAGAAAGUACUACGCCUAUACCUACAACAAGUACGACUUCGAAGGCAACAACAGUGAUCGUUUCUACUCAAAAUCCAACAACGUCCACUUCGAAAACAUCCACGGUAACCAUAACCACACCAAAACCAAGUACAAGCACACAAAAGUCGACCACUACAACUCGGCAACCGACAUCAGUUACGACAUCAACUACAAGUAUCGGAACCACGAGGAUUCCAACUACCACUACCCCGCAAAACUCCACUUCCUCGACUGAUUUGACCACUGUCACGCGACCGCCAUGUCCCGAUCCCGACUCCACCUCAGAUAAGAACACAAAUCCUGCAUGCACACAAGAACUCCAACAAGUGAAUCUACUUGAACUACAAUCACCACAGAAACAAGAAGAACUCACCCACACACAAACCCACACUGCAUUAACCGGAAGUAGGAACACUUUAAGCGGGCAGGAAGUGCCGGACUACAUGGAUGAUGCACCGUCUUUCGCUGAGGCGGAAUCAGGGCAGGCAACGACAGCGAAGGCACCAACCAUGUCCACGUUGGCGGCGGCCCAUCUACUGCAAAAACUGUUCCACAUAAUCUCCACGACGCCGCCGAGCAGGGAGCAUGCUCCUACUCAGCGACCAUCCAGUCAGCCUUCUUCCAGCCAGCGCUCGCGGGGAGUGACCAUUGCCCAGAUGGCCAGGCAUAACCUAGCCACCUCUAAGCCCUUUAUCGCCCACUCCCUACGGCUUUCCAUCCAGCAGCUAGCCUCCACACAGAAGCGCUCUAUCCCGCCCAAGACACUCGUUACGCACAACACCACUAAGGAGCCGGAGGACUCCGAGUACUACGAUAGUGAGACAUCGGAACAGUACGCGGACGAGGACAACGAAGUACUAGACAAAGUACAGCCAAAGGCUAUGUCCAGCACCACUGAGGCCGCAGUGCUCCCUGCUGCUCCGUCUACAACCACUGAGCGGGAGCCACAAAAAACAUCUUCCUCGCCAAGUCCGACCAAGACAACUCCCUCCACUACAUCCCAGCCGAUUGAGACGACAACUGGCGACCUAGAAUACGAUAGUUCCGGGGGCUCUGACUAUGUCAACGACGCGAAUGACAUUCCGAGCGGUGUAGCCACCAGCCUGGAGGCCAGGAAGAACUUCCUGCUCAGCCUCCUAAAGCAGCGCCUUACUCGAAUAGAACGAACAGAAUCGAAGAAGCCAAUGCCGGCUACGAGCACUUCCACCACCACAGGUGCCCCUCAGACAACAAGCAGCAGUACAAGUCCUGUGUCCACCACAAGCGAGAGCACUUCUUCGGUCACAAGUUUGUCCGCAAGGUCAAGUCUGACUGCCAGUAAGCACUCAAGUCCAGAGGCACUUAGUCGGCAGAAAAGUUUGACAGAUCAGAGUGCGGAAUACUAUGCUGAGGACGAUGACUACAUGGAAGACGAACACGCUGGUUCUUCUGAUGCUGAGAAAAAAAAGCGCGUCGAAGUCUUAAUAGCCGAGAAGCAACCAGCAGCCACCGCCAAGCGACAUGUCGCACCUCCAUCCGAGCAGCUUCUUAGGCAGGCGAUGCUCAAUAUAUUAGCAACUAGAAGUGAGGAAAACGAAGUGGAUGUGAAAGCCACAUCCGACGGGCUGCAGUUUAGGAGAUUUGUAAGCAGGAAUAGUCAGAUUCCCACUGAAAGUCCUCCCAAUCGCGCAUCAAUUGUAGUUGCUGAGGCUCUAAGCCGAAGACUUGCCGACAACCUUGGGGAGCUUCCUUCAGGACCAACCGUACCACACACAUCUGAUGCGAAACCAAUCGCAUCAGUCAGUCAAACAACGAUACGAAGCAGAGAACCACAAACAGAAUCAUCUUCUCAAACACCACCAUCGACAUCUACAGAAACACCAGCGACACAAGCAACCCAAAAGCAUCGAACAGGCGAAGCCACACAGAGUACAUUAGAAAUAGUCACACAGACCACUCCAGAAUCAGCGCCACCAGCAACAACUGUGCCCGUCGCGGUGCGCCAGGAAGUGCUGUCGGUGAACAGCAGGCCCUGGUUGCUGGCGGCGCGCAACCAAACCGUCCACCUCACACCCAUCUCCUCCAUUGCCGCUCGAGCGCCAAGCAACCCAGUGAGCCACGCUAACCGUUCGAUCAAUCCACUAGUGUCCAGUCCCGAGGACCACUCCACGGAGAAGGUGCCGCAGCUCAUCGUUAAGGUGUACGAGCCCAUCGACCUGAAGAUAGUCUUCUGCCCGAAGUCGUGCGACCAGGACCACGACCACAAAUUCGAUGGCGUGUGAAAGGCGAUUGUUUCCAGUGAUCGGCUAGGGACGAACCAGGCGGAAUGAACUUGAAAUGGAAGCCAGAAACGCACUAAUGUCCUUCAUCGACUGGACCGGCAAAUACCAAGUUCGCUGAUACAGUACCCCCACCCCAGCCCGCUUCCGCCCACUGUGGCGGUCUCAUGUGCGCGGCGACAAAGUUUUUAUUCCUUUGUUUAGAAUAAGCAUAAAUGCGCACGUGUUCCACCCGCUUUAGUGUACGACAGAUUGGGAUGGACGGUGGCAAGGACGGUGACGGAGGCGGGGGCAGGACCCGUUAAAUUUUAAUGCGCCCGUAUCGAUAUGCGAGCAUGGUCCGCGCCAGCGUAAUCUAUAAAAGCGAAAAUCGCGUGUCACCAUCGUGGGAUUCCUGUUCCUCCAACGUUGCCUGCGAAGUCUCGAUAAGCCAAUUGGCAUCUGGUGGUUAGUUGUCGGGCCAGGAGUGGCGCUGCAUCGUCACACCCGCUUACAGACUGCUCCCAGCCCAUGGGAGCUCGCCUAUUAAUAUCCCAUGAGCUCACGCACUUCAGCAUCUGCGCGCACUUUGCAUAAAUUCGCAAUGUCGCAACUUCUAAUCAAUACCGCCGAAUGUGGGCGCAGAGCUCAGUGAGGAGUCCACUCGGAGGUUGUGGAGUCCGCCCAAUCGAAGCAAAAAACCAUAUAAUUGUUAAUUACUGGAUAAUAUUGAGUUUUUCUUUUUACUGGAUUUUUCGAAUUUAUU